AGUUGCCACGCUAACCACUCGCCCCACCAAGCUUCUUGCAAUCACCGCCCCCACGCCCGUUGCUGCUGCUGCUGCUGCUGCUGCCGCUGCUGCUGCUGCUGCUGCCGCUGCCGCCGCUGCUGCUGCUGCUGCUGCUGCCGCCGCUGCUGCUGCUGCAGCUGCUGCCGCUGCUGCUGCUGCAGCUGCUGCCGCUGCUGCUGCUGCUGCUGCUGCUGCCGCCGCUGCUGCUGCUGCUGCCGCUGCUGCCGCUGCUGCUGCUGCUGCUGCCGCCGCCGCCGCCGCCGCCGCCGCCGCCGCUGCUGCUGUUGCUGCUGCUGCUGCUGCUGCUGCUGCUGCUGCCGCUGCUGCUGCGCAACCUCUCCACGGCGCAGGGGGGCGCGCCCACACCCGCUGCUGGCGGCGCUGGCAGCCUCUGGUCGCCACCCUCCAACGCCAGCGACGCUGCAUUGGCGUCUGCUGUGGAGUCCGAGGCGUCCCUAGCUUUCUCCCCCUUCUAUUAUCGCACAGGAGCAAGGCACUUGUUGCACCGCCUGAGAAUCGUGCAGAUGCUACAGGUCCUUUUGAGUACCAGUUGCAGCGAUAUGCCAUUGACUCGUGGAUCGAGAGACGCAACCUGCCUCGCCUUCACAAGUUGGUGGACAACAGUGGCAGUCGGGCGGCAGGACGGGCGGCACGGCGGAGAGCUCAACGGGUGGUAUGGCCCAGUGAUGGAUCGUUCAGUCCCCUCCAUCACCGGUGUCGCCACGACCGCCACCUGCCUCGCAGCGCUCUUCGCUCAGAACGUCCCCCGCGCCAUCCGCUUCUUCCCAUCCCCUCAGCCAACGCACCGGACGUCCCGGGGCUCGUGUUUCACACUGGUUGGCCAACCUUCUCCUCAACUUGCUCUUGUACCUCAUGGCGUCUCAUGUGGUCGCCACCACGUGCCACUUCCUCGCCGCCUCGCGCAUCACGACGUGUGUGGCGGGGCAGAGAGCCUGACAGGGCGAUGCGUGUGAGCGAGAGCACAUGUGGUGUGGUGUGUCGACCCAAGCGCCAUGGCGUGCCGGAGCACAACACAGCAGCGCAGGCGGCAUGGGCCACACGGCAACAGAUGCAGUAA